AUGCCGCAAUAUAAAUCGAAAGACAAUCAAAGUACUUACCCACGUCGCUGUGAAAAGAAAUUAGUCACCGGUAAAGUUGUCAAUGCGACUCUUGACUCUUCACGAGGAAUAAAUCGUUGUUUCGUAACCGUAAGCUUGAACGAUGGUGCAAAGUUAGACUUUCCUGUGCCUACGACACAAGAGAUUAGGGAUCGUUUCUUCUAUAAGAAGGCCAAAACACAACCUGAAAAACCUGCACGACCUCCAAAUAAAUUUUUUAUUUUUCGUACCAUGUUCCAAGGGGCUAUUGAUGAUUUUAAACUUCAAGUUCCUAUUGUGUCUGGUCUUGCUAGUGAAGUUUGGAAAAAGUGCAGUCCGGAAGUUGUCGAAUUAUUUACAAAACUUUCACAAAUCGCGAAAAGUGAACAUGGUGAAAUUAAUCCGGGUUACGUUUAUAAACCAAAUAGAAGUAAAUCUCGUAUUACGAAAAAUAAAGCUAAUUCACUUCAAGAAAAAUCUUAUCAAGAUUUAAAUGAUUCAUCAAGUCCCACUUUAAAUGAUUUAUCGACCGCUCCCUUAUGGACUGCAGAUCAUUUAUAUCCAAUUCCUUCGCAAGCAAAUUUCAAUCAUGAUGAUAAUUCGUUUACAAUAGUAGAAGAUUCGAUUACAACAGCACAAGACAUUCAAGCAAUUUCCUCACAUUAUGAUUACCUUAGCGCUAUCGAUCCAUCGGUUCAUGAUAUUACUUCAACACUUGAUACUUUUAAUGACAAUGAUUCUUAUCAACAAUUUCUUCAAUAUCCGACUCCAAUAUAUUAUCCAAAUAAUGACUUAUCGAUGGAUCAAUUCGAUAUCGUACCUAAUAUUCCUUAUGUUCAGGAUGUGAAUACUUUGAUGCAACAAAGUCUACAAAAUCUAACUUCAAUUCCACAUCAUCAUAUACAUUACCUUCCGACCACAAUUGACCACGUGAAUGAUGAUUAUAAUAAAAUUAUUUUCAAUUCACCUAUCAGCGAGAGCGAAGAUAUGGCUCUAUCAUCAUCAGACAUAUCAUCUUUUCGAAUGGAACAAUUAAAAGAAUCAGGCUGCAUUGAUUAUUCUCCUAAUGAUUAUACGUUCUUUCAAAAUCUUACAAUUGUAUGA